AUGAACCGCUCCAAGAACGGGGCAACCUCUGUUGCUGACCUUACAGAUGACCUUAUCAUCGAGAUUCUGUCCCUGCUGCCAGUCAAGUCAGUGUGCCGAUUCAAGUGUGUCUCCCGGCUCUGGUACAGCCUCAUCUCCCACCCUGAACACCGCAAAAGGCUUCCCCAGACCAUCUCCGGCUUCUUCUACCCCAAGCACAGACUCAAUGAUGAGUAUGAUGUGAUAACAUUUCCCACUUUUGAUGGUAUUUCAAGGGAUCAAGAGCAGCUAUUCCCUGAUUCCUCGUUGCCCUUCUUGACCGCAUACAGGCAGAUUUUCCCAAAGGACUGCUGCAAUGGCCUUAUUUUCUGCCUCUGCUGGAAGGACUCCCCAAUAGACGAAGCCGAUUAUGUGGUAUGCAAUCCUGCCACUGAGGAAUGGGUAGUCCUGCCUGAUGCUGGCCAUAAAAGUGAUGCAAUAGCCUACCGUUUGGGUUUCGAUGGAGCCAUGUCACUCCACUUCCAUGUGUUCCAGAUCCUAGAGGAUGAUGAGGACUAUGGAUAUAUCUCAGGUGUUAAUAUCUACUCAUCAGAGACAGGAGCCUGGAGUUACAAGGAAAAUGGUUGGGGCGACAAUGAGAUUCAGAUAGUUGAGAUGAGAGGUCUUUUUCAAUGGAAUGAUGCACUUGCUCACACGUGA